AUGUCCUCUGGUCAAAUACCACACCACAACGCAAAGGCAUCUCGCCAUCCAAGCAAUACAAGCUCCCAACAACGAUCUAACACAACACCAGAAUACGACCAAGACGCAGACGAGCCCACGACGCCCCGCGCCAUAUUCCAGUCUCAGCAACAACAGCUUGAAUACUCUGGCUCCGACACCGAACGGGAGUCAUUUCAAGCAAAAGGCAAGAGAAAAAAGAGCAAAGGCAAAGAGCGAGCCAAAGGACGUAGUACAGCGUCUUCGUCGGCUUCAUCUGCACGAGACGAUUCCACCACCAGCACCGCAAACAUGUUCGCUACACGAUCCUCAAAACCGACUUCGUCCAGCAGUCGACGAGCGUCAUCCGGCAAGAGCAAGAAGAGCGACGACUGGAGCGAAGUUACUGACCCGGAAGAGCGCCGCCGCAUCCAAAACCGCAUUGCUCAGCGAAAAUUUCGCGAAAAGGCACGCGAGCAGAAGGAGCGCUCUGAGCGUGAGUCCCGCAACCAAGAACACGCCGCCAGCAGCUACCAGGUCCCGGGCCCUGAUGACUUGAGUGUCGACGACCAGCUCUCGGGUGUGCCCUGGGGCGGCCCCAGCAUGCGCUUCAUGGUCGCCAAAGGCCACGAGUCUCUCGGCGGCGGUAGCGGCAGCCGUCACAGCAGCGGCAGCCGGCAUGGCGGUGGCUCCAUGUCCGAGUACUAUUUUGACGACACCGCGACGGUCUAUGCCCACGGCAGCAGUGGCGGCAGCAGCAGUGCCGGUUCCACUGUGCCCUCGAGCGUGGCUGUCUCUUCCGCCGCCGCCAUGGCUGGUCUCGCAGGUACAACGGCACCUACGGGGGCCUACUAUUACAUGGCUGAUGACGGUAGCCAGGCCUACUCCUACAGCAGCAGCGGUGCGAGUGACAGCCGCGGGAGCAGUCGCAGCAGCAGCGACUUCACACAGGCAACCGCCUCCCAAGGCGACCAGUACUACGACGACGGUUCCUUCUACUACGACUACGAGGCUUAA